AUGGUUGCUCAAGAAUUGUGUGAUCAUAUUGAGGCCGCGAAUGAAACAGCGCACUUAUCAAACCCAACUCUUCUGCAAGAGCUUGUCGGGAAGUUACCCGCGGAUCAGAAGCUGAUGUGGGCCGGCUUUAAACGUGGACGACCAGUGGUAGACCUGAAAACGUUCAGCGAGUACAUGACGGGAGUAAUGCAGGAUGCGUCAAGUGUAGUCCUGUAUGAUUCGGAUUCCCGGAAAAGCAGUGGCAGAGAGAGAAUGAAAACGUACGUUAAUUCACACUUGGCUAAUGUUGAAGAGACACCUGCUUCGACGACGGCACAAUCCAAGCCUAGUGGAUGUUUGCAUUGCGGAAAGGAGGGUCACAAGCUUCGUGAGUGCCAUGCGUUCAGAGCGCUCUCCAUUGAUGAUCGUUGGCGACGAAUUCGAACACUGAAGCUGUGUCAAAUAUGUCUGUUUGAUCAUGGUAGAAGAGCAUGUCGUAGUAACAGCAAGUGCAACGUGAAUGGUUGUCAGUUUAAGCAUCAUCCUUUGCUUCACGGAAAAUCAACGACUCCUACAACUCAAGUGGCGAAUAAUCACAUUCAUCGACUUUUGGAUUCCGUUGUUCUGUUCCGUAUAGUACCUGUGACGCUAUAUGGAAAGACGGGAAAAAUCAACACCUUCGCUUUUCUGGAUGAAGGCUCGUCAUUGACUCUUAUUGAGGGUGCACUGGUGGCGCAACUAGGGUUGACAGGAAAUCAACAUCCACUUUGCCUGCGGUGGACGGGAAACACGUCACGCAUAGAGAAGGAGUCGCAGACUGUGACGAUCGCAAUAUUCGGUGUGCAUCAGCAACGCCGUUACCAGUUGGUAAAUGCUCGUACGGUUAAUAGUUUGGACCUCCCAACGCAAUCUUUCGACUUUGAGGAGGCAGCAAAGAGAUUCGCUUACCUCGAACAACCGGUUCAAAGCUAUCGUAACGCUAAACCAGAGCUUUUGAUUGGAUUAGACAAUUUGAAACUUGCUGUGCCGUUGAAGACAAGAGAAGGCGAUGGAUCUGGGCCAAUUGCCGUAAAAACACGAUUAGGUUGGUGCAUCUAUGGAAAACGAGAUUCACGAGCCAAUGAAGGAUUCAGCUUCCAUAUUUGCGGAUGUACGGGAAACGACGAAUUACACGAAACAGUCAAACAGUUUUUCGCAGUAGAGGCCAACGGAGUAAGGCAAAUCGGGAUCUGUCCUAGCGCGGAGGAACAGCGAGCUCAAGAACUAUUAGAAAAAACAACGAAGCGUAUCGGAAGGCACUUCGAAACAGGACUUCUCUGGGCAAAGGACGACAUUGAGUUACCCGAUAGUUACAGCAUGGCGUUGCAUCGGUAUCAGUGUCUUCAACGAAGAAUGGACCGCAAUCCGGAUCUUCGCGAGAAUAUCAGUCGUCAAAUGGAAGAUUAUGUGAAAAAAGGUUACGCACAUCGAGCGACUCCUGCCGAGUUGGAGAAUACUGAUCCCAGGAAAAUUUGGUUUUUACCAUUAGGAGCAGUAACGAAUCCAAACAAGCCUGGAAAGGUACGUCUUGUUUGGGACGCGGCGGCCAAGGUCUCUGGUGUAUCUUUGAACAGUGUAUUACUGAAAGGACCAGAUCAACUGACACUAUUGCCUGCUGUCUUGUUCCGAUUUCGUAUGUACUCCGUAGCAGUUAGUGCAGAUAUAGAACAGAUGUUCCAUCAGUUGAGAAUCAUAUCAUGCGAUAAGAAUUCAUUGCGAUUCCUGUGGAGUGACACACGAGGUAGUCCAGCUGAGAUUUACCUAAUGGAUGUUGCGACGUUCGGAGCGACAUGCUCGCCUGCCUCCGCGCAAUAUGUGAAAAAUCUGAACGCCAAGGAACAUAAUCAGCAGUAUCCAAGGGCCGUCGAAGCGAUAUUGAAGAGCCAUUACGUCGACGAUUAUCUCGACAGUUUUAGUACUGAAGCUGAAGCAGAGAAAAUUUCAUCGGAAGUACGACUAGUUCACUACAACGGCGGGUUUCAUCUACGGAAUUGGAGAUCAAAUAGUGAAAAGGUCCUGACUGUACUCGGAGAACCAGCGGAAGUAGACAGCAAGAACCUGAACUUAGAAAGUGGCGAACAAGUUGAUAGAGUACUAGGAAUGCUAUGGUCGUCAAGAUCGGAUGAACUAAGUUUCUCCACCCGCAUGAGCAAGGAAGUGAAGAACCUUCUGGGAAGUGACGCUCGACCAACCAAACGUCAAGUUUUGCGGUGUGUUAUGUCCCUAUUCGAUCCUCUAGGGCUUCUUGCACCGUUCAUAAUUCAUGGUAAAGUGCUAAUUCAAGAGUUGUGGUGA